GAGGAUGCGACAGCCAAAGCUGUGGACGAGGCAGCGGACGCGGAAGGCUCUGAGUCGAUCAAUAAAAAGAUCUACCUCGCAGGAAGGCUUUUCAACAACAGGGCCGAGUUGGCCGCACAUGUGAAGAAGAUUCAGGACUCGGUCGCCACGGACGAGGAUGGAACCAAGGGAGAGCUGUCCAAUGAGGAUAAUCUCUUCAUCUUCCAUCUGCUGCUUCACCACCCCAAGGCUGUCGAGAAGAUGGUGAAGCCCAUCUCCCAUUUCCGUUACGGAAUCUACGACAAAUUCAAGAACAAGUGUUUCAUCAGCGUUGGCGCAGAUGGGUCUCAAGAAGGAGUUAGCGCUGCUAAGAGUAUCAACGUCAUCUACCCCCAGGAUGGCGCCGGUAAGAGCGAGUCAAGCACUGGCCUCGUAGCUGAGCCGAAGGACAAGCCCCAGAAAGAGAAGAAGCGCGCUCGUGAAGAGGAGAAGCCACACGAGCCUCGCGCCUUCGAGCCGCAGGUGAUGAUUCCGGGAUGCGUGAUGGACAUCAACGGCCUCCCUUCCAACACGCAGUACUGGAGGCUCAAAGAGCUUCUGGCAGGUUUUGGCAAGGUCCGCUUCCUACAGUUCCUGAAGCAGGACGCACCCGCUGAGCCUGCGAAGAAGAAAGCAAAGACACAGAAAGCUGAGGCUGAGGAGGGAGCAGAAGAGGAAGAACAGGAGGGCGAUGAGGAAGAGGAAGAAGAGGAGGAGCGUCCCAUGUCCGCCCGUGCCCGAUUUGCAGACCCAGAG